UAGUCACCAGAUAAACAACGGGCUCUAGAAGAAACCAAAGCAUACACAACUCAGUCCUUAGCUAGUGUAGCCUAUCUGAUCAACACUUUGGCAAAUAAUGUUCUGCAAAUGCUGGAUAUCCAGGCCUCCCAGCUUAGGCGGAUGGAAUCUUCAAUCAACCACAUUUCACAAACAGUUGAUAUACACAAGGAAAAAGUGGCUAGAAGAGAAAUUGGCAUCUUGACUACGAACAAGAACACUUCAAGAACUCACAAAAUCAUUGCGCCAGCCAACUUGGAGCGACCUGUUCGUUAUAUCAGGAAACCUAUUGAUUAUACAAUUCUUGAUGAUAUUGGUCAUGGGGUAAAGGUUAGCACGCAGAAUAUGAAAAUGGGUGGUCUGCCUCGUACCACACCACCCACCCAGAAACCACCCAGUCCACCAAUGUCAGGGAAAGGAACUAUUGGGCGUCACUCUCCCUAUCGCACACUGGAGCCAGUGCGUCCUCCAGUGGUACCAAAUGACUAUGUACCUAGCCCUACCCGUAAUAUCGCUCCCUCGCAGCAGAGCCCUGUUAGAACAGCUUCUGUGAAUCAGAGGAAUCGCACUUACAGCAGCAGCGGAAGCAGCGGAGGGAGCCAUCCCAGCAGUAGGAGCAGCAGUCGAGAGAACAGUGGAAGUGGAAGUGUGGGCGUCCCUAUUGCUGUCCCUACUCCAUCCCCUCCCAGUGUGUAUCCAGGUCAUCCUGUUCAGUUCUACAGCAUGAACAGACCUGCUACUCGGCACACACCUCCAACAAUAGGGGGUUCCUUGCCAUAUAGGCGCCCUCCAUCCAUCACUUCACAGAACAGCCUUCAAAGCCAGGUCAACGGAGGACCAUUUUAUAGCCAGAAUCCAGUGUCUCUUGCACCACCACCUCCCUCCAUCCUACAGGUAACUCCUCAGUUACCGUUAAUGGGAUUUGUGGCCAGAGUUCAGGAAAACAUUUCAGACACACCUCCCCCUCCACCCCCAGUAGACGAAGCUGUUUUUGAUGAAUCUCCACCACCACCCCCUCCUCCAGAGGAUUAUGAAGAAGAAGAAGCAGCUGUGGUGGAAUACAGCGAUCCUUAUGCCGAAGAGGAUCCACCCUGGGCACCAAGGACCUAUUUGGAGAAAGUUGUGGCAAUUUAUGAUUACAGUAAAGACAAGGAAGAUGAACUUUCCUUUCAGGAAGGUGCCAUCAUCUACGUCAUUAAGAAAAAUGAUGAUGGGUGGUAUGAAGGUGUGAUGAAUGGAGUAACUGGACUCUUCCCCGGAAACUACGUAGAGUCCAUCAUGCACUACUCAGAAUGAAGACCACUAUGGCAAGAGACAGAACCAAGAGAUUGUUGGGCUGCCCAGGUCCCUUUGGCAGCUUGGGGGGCACCUGGGUACCUGAAGGAAGGAUCAUUGUAACAAAACCACUCCCCUUUCCUCCUUUUUAUAAAAUGGUGAUUUGAAUUGU